AUGUUAUCUACGGUACGUAGUUUUGAUUUGGUGUUAUUAGAAGAAGGCGAAGAAUACGUAACCGAUGCUGCUUGUACUUUAUUCACUUCUUUCCCCAACCAAUCCACUUUUAAUACAAAUUCUACUCAUAAUAAUAACGUAAUUAGUAGUAAUACGAGUAGUAGUAAUAGAAAUAAUGUGGAAAAUGUGUAUAAUAAGGGAAGAAUAAGAAUAGGGACAAAAUCGUUAAUAUUCGAACCUGAUUCAUUGGAUAUGCCCCUUCUCAAAUUACAAUUCCAACAUAUCACACAUAUUCAACAUCAUAACAAUUCAUGUAACAGUAAUAAUGUAAAUAGUAUGAAUAAUGGAGUAAAUGUGGAUGAGAAUGGAAUACUGGUGUGUAGUAAGCAAGUAACAUCAAUUCCAACCUCAAUAUACAACGGAAAAUCAAGAUUUAUAACACCCUAUACCACAUAUACCAUUAAUAAUUCAACCAACAAUAUUACUAAUUUAGGUAAUAUAAGGGACGCAGGGUUGGGUAGAUUAGAACUUGAGAACAUUUCCUGUUAUACAUUCCUUUUUAUUUACUCCACGGCUGAUAUACAAAAACAACAAUUUAUAAUCUUUAACUCUCUCUUAAACUCUAUACAGAACUCAAUUCCAGUACCAAACACUAUACCCUAUGGUACCGGAGUGGUCGGAGUAUCAAUGGGUAUAAUACCGAAUAGAGAAAAAUUGAUUCUUGGAGUUGGAAAGGAGUCGGUUUACUGUUGGCGUUUGAAGAGAAUGGUAAGGCAUGGAGGGUUUUGUGCCCUAACUGACCGGGCAUUGUACUUCCAACCCUCACCGAACUUCAGCAGGAAGUUGUUUAAAAGGAUUAAUUUGGAUAGCGUUCUGCAUAUUUUUAAGAGAGAUAGCGGUCUCACAAGUACUGGCGAGUGCUUAACAGCACUGGAAGUAGUCUCACUUCCAGAAGAAAUAACUGAUAAGAUUAAGAGGAAACAGUACCGGUGUAUUUACUUAGAGUUCAAACAAGGCAGUGAUCGGGAUAAACUAGUCAACGCCCUGAAAGAUAUAGUUCCAAAGGCAUUUUUUGCAAUUGAUUCUCGUGGAUUUCGUAAUGAAAUGACAGAAUUGUGGAGGAUGGGACUGUUGCCAAACUUUCAGUAUUUGGACUUUCUGAACUGUAUCGCAGGCCGGAGUCGCUACGACAUAUCGCAUUACCCAGUAUUCCCCUGGGUUCUAACAGACUAUUCCUCUCCCACCCUUGACCUCAAUAAUCAAAAUGUAUACAGAGAUUUGUCAAAACCCAUCGGCUCACUAAAUAUAGAACGAUUGCAUUUAAUUAAAAAAAGAAUGUACAACCUUUUCCUAUCAAAUAGUGUCAAUAAUAUGGACAAAGGUUCAGAAGGGAAUUUGAAGAAUCGUGAUACUAGUGGUAAGAACAUGAAUGGCAGUAAGAGUGUGAAGAGUGGAGAUGAGGAUUUGUGGGAUAUGGGAUAUUAUAUAUACGGUUCUCAUUAUUCCACGCCCGCUUUGAUAGUCUUUUUUUUAAUUCGUCUAUUGCCAGAAUGCCAACUAAGGCUUUACGGCGGUCGAUUUGAUUCAUCAUCAAGAACAUUUAAUAAUAUACAACAUACCUAUGAAAAUGUAAUGAAUGGACAUUCAUCAUUUUUUGAGUUAAUCCCUGAAUUUUACGAAAGUGACGAGUUGUUCCUGAAGAAUUCUCUGAAUAUAACCACCCAGGAUGGCCGUUUGGGUGACGUCGAGUUGCCUAAGUGGGCCCACAACAGUCCGACUCAGUUUCUGAAAAUUAUGCGUUCAGCUUUGGAAUCGGAUUACGUUUCCAAGAAUUUAACUAAUUGGAUCGAUUUAAUAUUUGGAUAUAAACAAAGUGGACAGAAUAGUAUAGUGAAUAACAAUACAUAUCAUCCAUUAACUUAUUUGGGAAGUGUUCACGCUGGGAAGUUGAGGACGACAUCCGCAAUUCAAAACCUGCUUAAGACUAUGGAUUCCCAUGCAAUUUCUGUGCAAGUUAGAGAAUUUGGCCAAUCCCCAAUCUUACUCUUUGAUACGCCACACCCUAGAAAGUACGUUUUUCGUGCCUUAAAAACCUGCUUUUCCCUACUGGGGCUUAUUUUUACUAUUUACACUAGUUAUAUAUAUAUUUAG